AUGAGUAAUAGUCUAGCAAAAAAAUUUGAUAAAAUUGUAUCAAAAUUGAGUAACAAACAUAAAGAUACGAAAUCCAAUGCCAAUGAAACAAAUGACGAUCAUCAAAAUGUCGAUGAAACAUUAACUGAUGGAAAUAAUGAACCACAACAUGAAUCGAUUUUGCAACGUAUGAAAGGACAUAUUACUCAUACACAUGGAUCAGUUAAAAACGAACAGCAUCAACAACAACAACAAACAGAAGGUGCACCUCCCAUUCAAGUUAUUAUAGACAAUCUUAAAGAUUCACCAUUUAAAGUUCUCCUUACGCAUGCGCCAAUGGGAGGAGGUCCGUCAUCAACUAGUGGAUCAUCAUCAACAACAUCAGGUGUUAUACCAAGUGAAUGUUAUAAACAAGCACGCGAAGAAUUCGAUAGUCGAUAUGCAUCACCAGCAACAUUUCAAUUAGCCUAUAAAGAUUUUCAAAUAAGUCGACCACUUGGACGUGGUGCAUUUGGUUCUGUUAAAGAAGUUAAAUGUAUACGUGAUCCAUUACCUGAUUAUCUUCAAAUAACAAACCCUAAUGAUUCAACAAUAAAAUCUUAUCGUGUAGCAUUAAAAAUUAUUAAUAAGAAAAGUGCACAUAAAAUGAAACAAGAAGAACAUGUUGUUAAUGAAAAACGCAUAUUACAAGCAUUAAAUUUUCCAUUUAUAAUAAGAUUUUAUUUCUCUUUUAAAGACAAUGCUAAUCUUUAUAUUGGUCUGGAAUUAAUUGAAGGUGGAGAAUUAUUUCGACAUUUACGUGAUUGUGAACGAUUUGAUGAGAAAAAAGCCAAAUUUUAUUCAUCUCAAAUUAUUCUCGCACUUGAAUACCUACAUUUAUUGGGUAUUGUUUAUCGUGAUCUCAAACCCGAAAAUUUGCUCAUCGAUCGUUAUGGUUAUAUAAAAAUGUGUGAUUUUGGUUUUGCAAAGAAAAUUGAUCGAGGUAAAGCAUAUACCCUAUGUGGUACACCUGAAUUUCUUGCACCGGAAAUCAUUCUUGGUCGAGGUUACAAUAUGGGAGUUGACUAUUGGGCCUUAGGUGUAUUAAUAUUUGAAAUGAAUGCUGGUUAUUCUCCAUUUUGGGAUGCAGAUCAACAAAAAAUUUACCAUAAAAUAAUUAGUGCAAAAUUUCGACCUCGUUCAUUUUUUACGGAUAGUUUAAUUGAAAUUAUAAAAGGUUUAUUACAAAAAGAUUUAACAAAACGACUUGGUUUAAUGUUUAAUGGUAUAAACGAUAUAAAGAAACAUGCUUGGUUUCGUGAUAUUGAUUGGCUACAUAUAUUUUUGAAAAAAGUUCGUGCACCAUGGGUACCAGAUAUCCGUACAAAUAAUUUUCCCGAUGCUGAAGAUGAAGAACCAGCUCGUUCAUCAGUUAAUUUAUAUGAAAAAGAAUUUCAUGAAUUUUAA